GCCCAGUAUAGUCACCCACCCGCAGGACCUGCCGAAGGGAACCUCGAGCUCCUGCCGCCUCUUGCUCGCCGCCGGUGCUGCAGCCGGGGAACCUCAAGGCCAUCCACGCCCGCCCUCCUCCGCCCAGUCCAUCCCAGCAAGUAACAGGGGCUUACCUUCCCUCCUCCUUCACCGCCGUCGCCAUGCUCGCCCAUCUCCGGCGAUGUUCCGGCCUUCUCCGCCGCCUACCGGUCGCCAGCCUCGCCGCCGCGGCCGACCCCGCCGCCGUCCACUCGGGUUUCCAUAGCAACCACAGAAGUUUCUCUACAAAUGGUAAAGUUACUGAUGGCCGGCGAGGGUUUUCGCAAACCCGGACGGAGUUGAAUCCAAGUACAGCCAUGAAGGACAACGAUGCGGUCAUUGAUCGCAUACAGAAGAGUACAAGGGAGUUGAAAAGGGGGCCAGUUGGGCACACCCUUUCAUCAGCAGAGAAGAGGAAAUUCCUGAUCAACACUCUCCUUGAUCUUGAAGAUUCAAAAGAAGCUGUUUACAGCACCCUUGAUGCAUGGGUUGCCUUUGAGCAGGAAUUUCCUCUGGCCUCGAUAAAGCAAGCAAUUGAAGCUCUUGAAAAGGAGGAACAAUGGCAUAGAAUUGUCCAAGUAAUAAAGUGGAUGUUGAGCAAAGGGCAGGGAAAUACGAUCAGAACAUAUGAGCAAUUAGUGCGUGCUCUUGAGAAGGACAACAGAGCUGAGGAAGCACAUAGAAUCUGGGAGAAGAAAAUAAGCCAUGACCUGCAUUCAGUUCCUUGGCGUUUCUGUGGUCUUAUGUUGGCUAUUUACUACAGAAACAAUAAGUUAGAUAGGCUUAUCAAGCUCUUCCAUAAUCUUGAAGCAUGUGGUCGUAAAUGUCCUAGUAGAGAAUAUAUACGGAAAGUGGAAGAUGCAUAUGAAAUGCUUGGUCUGUUAGAGGAGAAGACGGCUUUGCUUGACAAGUACAAGGAUUUGUACAACAAGUUAUCGGGUAAUGAUAUAAAGAAAGGUCGACAGUCCAGGAAGGCUCAGAAGAAAGCUGCUGAUAGCAGUGAACAAUUCGAGAUGGAAAUAUCUGAAAAUCUACCAUGCCCUUCGGAUAACGAACCUGUUGCCAGCAGUUAGUCGAAAAGAAGUAAAGCAGUGCAAUUGCUUCCUGUGUUCCCCUUUCAGAAGCAAGACUGAUGGCGUGUUCAAUGAUAACCCGAUGCAGCUGAUCCUAACAUUUCUCAUGCCCUCCAAGGCAUGUUUGCUCUAGAUAGCUGGUGCAACCAAUAAUAGUCCAAUCCUAAUUGGGAACAAGGAAGUCACACGACGCCUGUUCUGUUUCUUAUAAACAAGGAUGGCCAAAAAAAAAUUUCUCUCAACUGUUACAGAAAUUGUCGGCCUGCCAAAAAUUAGUGUGUUUGAUUACUGUGAUGAGUGAGCGCCUUGUAGUAAUCAGCCUGUAACGUUGUACUAUAGAACUUGUGUUUUCAUAAUGGAAAGCCAGAUUAUUCUUAUCAGUUA